AAAACCAGGCAUCGCUACUCACUCUGGUAGGCGUGAGACGAGGCUAGGUUUCAGUGCCUCACUUGAUUCUACAUCCGCAAGCACACAAACACAAUUGGCAGAGAGGAGCAUGCCUCAUUCGGUGCUUUGAAGUUAUGGAGUUGGACAACGCGGCCGAACUGGGGAGCUACAAUGAGCUCCCUCCUGAGAGGGUUGGCCGCAGGCGCAGUAUGCCGGGCAGCGCUCUGGACAAGUGCCCCUCCAUAGAGCCAUCCAUCUCCACCCCCUUCAAAGUCACGGGCUUCCUGAGUCGCAGACUGAAGGGUUCCAUCAAACGCACCAAGAGCCAACCCAAGCUGGACCGCAACAGCAGCUUCAGAAACAUCCUGCCGGGCUUCAAAACCACGGACAAUGACAGAUCCCAUCUAAUGCCUAGGCUGAAGGAAUCACGGUCUCAUGAGUCGUUGUUCAGCCCCAGCAGUGGAGUAGAAGCUUUGGAUCUCAGCAUGGAGGACGAGGUGUUGAUCAAACCGGUGCACAGCAGCAUCCUGGGCCAGGACUACUGCUUCGAGGUGACCACUUCCACUGGAACAAAAUGCUUUUCGUGUCGGUCAUCCGCCGAGAGGGACAAAUGGAUGGAGAACUUAAGGAGAGCUGUAAAUCCAAACAAGGACAACAGUCGGCGUGUGGAGAACCUGCUGAAAUUGUGGAUUAUUGAGGCCAAGGACCUUCCAGCCAAGAAAAGGUACUUCUGUGAGUUGUGUCUGGACGACACGCUUUACGCACGGACUACCUGCAAACUCAAGACAGACAAUGUGUUCUGGGGAGAGCACUUUGAGUUCAACAACUUACCCGCCAUCAAAAGUGUCACCGUCCACCUGUACAAGGAGACUGAUAAAAAGAAAAAGAAGGACAAGAACAGCUAUGUGGGCCUGGUCAUCAUUCCCACCGGCGCCGUCACGGGACGCCAGUUCGUGGAGAAGUGGUACUCUGUGAGCACGCCCAACCCGAGCAAAGGGAAAACUCCCGGACCUAUGAUUCGGCUCAAGUCGCGGUACCAGAGCAUGAGCAUCCUGCCUAUGGAGUCCUAUAAGGAGUUUGCGGAGUACAUUACCAAUAACUACAUGCUGAUGUGCUCCAUCAUGGAGCCUGGCCUCAGUGUGAAGAACAAGGAGGAGAUGGCCAGUGCCCUGGUGCACAUCCUACAGAGCACCGGCAAGGCUAAGGACUUCCUGACGGACCUGAUGAUGUCAGAAGUGGAUCGCUGUGGGGAGAACGAACACCUGAUCUUCAGGGAGAACACGCUGGCCACCAAAGCCAUCGAGGAGUACCUCAAACUGGUGGGGCAGAAGUACCUGCAAGACGCACUAGGCGAGUUCAUCAAAGCCCUGUACGAAUCAGACGAGAACUGUGAGGUGGACCCGGGUAAGUGUUCCUCGGGAGACCUCCCUGAGCACCAGAGCAACCUGAAGAUGUGCUGUGAACUGGCCUUCUGCAAGAUCAUCGACUCCUACCGUGUUUUUCCACGGGAGCUGAAAGAGGUGUUUGCCUCGUGGAGGCAGGAGUGCAGCAGUCGGGGCCGGCCGGACAUCAGCGAGCGGCUUAUCAGCGCCUCCCUGUUCCUGCGCUUCCUGUGUCCGGCCGUCAUGUCCCCGUCGCUUUUCAACCUUAUGCAGGAGUACCCAGAUGACCGCACCGCGCGAACCCUCACCCUCAUCGCCAAGGUCACACAGAACCUCGCCAACUUCACCAAGUUUGGUAACAAGGAGGAGUACAUGUCCUUUAUGAACCACUUCCUGGAGCACGAGUGGACCAACAUGCAGCGCUUCCUGCUGGAGAUCUCCAACCCAGAGACCAUCUCCAACACGGCAGGGUUCGAGGGUUACAUCGACCUGGGCCGCGAGCUCUCCACCUUGCACUCCCUGCUGGCCGAGGCAGUCUCUCAGCUGGACCAGAGCACAGCCUCUAAGCUGGGUCCACUGGCACGUAUCCUGCGGGACGUGAACUCAGCACUGACCAAUCCGUCUGGGGUCCAGGUGUCUACCCCCACAGAGCGUAUGGGCUCCCCCCCCCUUCCCCUCCCCCUGGCAGGCUGCAGCCUCUCCACCGGCCUGCCUAUCCACAAGAUGGUCAUGGACAGUGAGCUUUCUGGGCUGGUUGAUUUUACGAGGCUACCGUCGCCAACCCCAGAGAACAAGGACCUAUUCUUUGUGACGAGGAACUCUGGCAUCCAGCAGUCUCCAGCCAGAAGCUCCAGCUACUCGGAGGCCAACGAGGCUGAGGUGCAGCUCCCCAACGGCAGCAAGAGUCUAUCAAUGGUGGACCUGCAAGAUAGCCGCAGCCCGGAGAGUACCCCUGUCCCCCGCCCUGCCUCCCCCAGCGACAUGCUCCUCAAUGAAUGCCAGUCCCCCGUCGCCCCUGGGCCGGGGGGCUGGGCCGCCCGCACGCCUCAGGGCAUUAUCCCCGGACCCACCCUCAGGAGAAUGGUUCAGACCCCCACCAACCCUAGCACAGAAAGCAGCACCCUAGGUCCAGGGAGGCCCUCCCAGCUCCUGGCCCCGCUUUCAUUCCAGAACCCUGUUUACCAGAUGGCCACGGGCAUGACCAUGUCCCCGCGGGGUCCCCUGGCCGAUUCAGGCUCCGAGGGCCACAGCUCUCACAGCUCUCAGGGCAACAACACAGAGGAUGCCCCCAAGCACCAGGGCGUAUUCCUCACCCAGGGGGUUGCAGUCGGGAGCGGGGGAGGCAGCAGCAGUGAGGAGUUUGCGCGGCGCUCAGGGGAGUUCACGACCCGCCGCCAGCUGUCCCUCAUGGAACCGAGGCAGAACAGCUCUGGUCCCCAGCGCAGGAUAGACCAGCCCCCUCCGCCCGUCACCAGGGGCAGGACGCCGCCACACAUGCUCCAGGCGGCCUACCCUGGGCCGCGGCCCUCCAGCGGCAGCAUGAUGUCAUCAUCUCCCGACUGGGGGCCCAGUGGCGGCACCCGGUUGAGACAGCAGUCGUCCUCAUCCAAAGGGGACAGUCCUGAGACCAAGCAGCACACCCUGCAUAAAGCCCCCUCCCCUGUGAACCCCAAUGCUCUGGACCGCACUGCUGCCUGGCUGUUGAAUAUGAAUGUGCAGUAUUUAGACCACGAGGGAGUUGACCCAGAUACCAAGCACAGGGAAGACCUUCGAAGCAAAGAGGAGCUCACUCAAACCGAAAAGUACCAGCAGGAGAUCGCCAUCCUGCAGGACAAGCUGCGUCUGUCAGCCAAGAAGCUGGAGGAGUAUGAGUGUCACCUGAAGGGCCAGGACGAGCAGACCCAGACGAUGCUGCUGGAGUACCAGGCCCGCCUGGAGGACACAGAGGAGCGCCUGCGCCGGCAGCAGGACGACAAGGAGCUCCAGAUGAAGAGCAUCAUCACCAGGCUGAUGUCUGUUGAGGAGGAACUGAAGAAAGAUCAUUCGGAUAUGCAAUCGAUAGUGGACUCAAAACAGAAGAUCAUUGAAGCCCAGGAGAAACGCAUCGCCUCUCUGGACUCGGCCAACACCCGCUUGAUGAGCGCUCUGACCCAGUUGAAGGAGCGCUACAGCAUGCAGACGCGCAACGGCAUCUCCCCCACCAACCCCAGCAAACUCCAGAUCACUGAGAACGGAGAGUUCAGGAACAGCAGCAACUGCUAGGGACGGGGGAGAGGGCCUCGCCAAUAACCUCGCCAACUCAAUAACACUUGGGCUAGGGGAGAGACGAGGGCCACACCCAGUCACUCUCUGGAGAAACAUGUUCAUACUGAACAAAUCCAUUAUUUUCAAUGGAUGAGGUCAUGAUGACAUGAGGAGUAGACUGACUGAAGCUGUUGCUGAACAACAUAAAGGAAUUAAUCAGAUUGACUUUAGAGAAAGUUAUAACGACACCUGGCUGCAUGACAUCCCAAACUCUCUAACCCGUACAUGAAACAACAUUGUAACAGAUAAGAUGGGAAUAGGUUGCACUGUUAUCUUGGGAAAGAGCCCGUUUUGAAGUGAUUUGAACCAUUUAUAAGCUUCCGAAUGUUUCCACAUUUCUCACGUACGCGUUUGCGUAUAAGUUUCAGUCACCGCGUUGAAAUAGCACGGGUUGCUAAAAGAGGACGCUCCUUUAUGGAUCCUACACAUUUUUAGAGCUUGUCCCCGACAUGUCCCUCUGACCUACAGUAUACAGUACUAACUUACUCAUCCCGUUUCUUCUGGCAACAGUACAACACAAGUGUAUACAGUGGGGCAAAAAAAGUAUUUAGUUGUGCAAGUUCUCCCACUUAAAAAGAUGAGAGAGGCCUGUAAUUUUCAUCAUAGGUACGUACACUUCAACUAUGACAGACAUAAUGAGAAUAA